AUGACUUGGGGCCAUGUCCAUCACCCAAGUAAUCAAAUGGUUGGUUCACUCCUCAUGUAUACUCAGCGACAAAAUAUUUUGACCGCUCAACAUGGCCAAAAUGGUCUCGGCCGAACCACGGCCAUUGACCAAAAUGAUCUCGACCGAGAUCCAGUCAUCGGUCUCGACCACGUGUUGGUUGAAGAUGUUAUGGAAGUCACUGGGAUACUAAUCUUGAGGCCGAAUUCGGCCACUUCAUUGGAAUUCCAACAAUUCAUGUGUGAUAUAAAGACAAUGGCACAGACAAUGGCCACCCAAAAUGCUCAAAUCAAUGAGAGUUGGAUCGAUUGCUAG